AUGCCGGAAACCCUUUCUUCUUCCCCGGACGGCGACGAAGCCGUCGACAUUGAGACGCUUCGCAGGUCUGCAAGUCGAUGCUGCGCACUCCUCAUCUUUCAUACCUUCUCUGUUUUCAUUCGACGGACUUGAUGCAUGCGACUGUUUUUUGGAUGUUCCCUGUUUGCUGCGUGUUCCAGCCGUUUGAAUGAGUUGUUUGAGAGCGUGGGAGCAGACACCUUCGACAAUGAUGAGGCAAGCUCGAAUUUUGAGAGCUUUCUGGAAGAUGGCAUUGCCGAACUCCUGGUAUAUGCUUGUGUACUAUACGUGCAUAUUUUUCCUUCCGUCCAUAUCUUCCCUUUUUUCGGCUUUAUAUGUAGCUGAAUAUUUUUUUUUAAAAUAUUUCUACAAUGUCUGUCUGCUAGAGAGCGCGGAAUGAAAUCGACUUAGAAGACGAGACCAUUGCCUCCUUGGACAGUGAGGAUUCAGGUAAGUUAGCGGCUGCAUUAUUCUCUUGUUUAGUGUUUGAAACUUUCCAUUGCAAAUGCCCAUAUGAUUUUUACGUAUUUAACAGAUAUUUAACCUAAAUUUACCGAUCGUGACUCUAUAAAUCACCUCAAAUUGCCCCUUAAUUUAUUUUUUCUGUCGUGGGGGAGAUUCCUGAGUAGCUUUAAGAACAGGGCUGACGUUAUACACGAAUUUAUGUUUCGCCAUGGGAUUUUGGACGACAGGAUUUUGAAAAUGUCUUGGACAAUUUGACCGAAACUAUCCUAAUUUUAAUUGAAGUGCAUAAGAAAAAAAAUUGAAAUUCGAAUAAAAAUAAAGAAACAAAUAUAUUAAGGUACUAAGCGACCAUACUAACCUUAAAUCUUGACAGAAUGUGUGCAGGAUAGCAUUCUGCAUUAUUCUAUUCCUAAGGCUCAUUGGUCAUGACUAGUCUGACUUUAGAUGAGUUAGAAUCUGUUGCUUUCUUCAGGUUCUCUGAACUUUUUGAAAAAUAUUAUUUUAAUAUAAUGCAUGAACUAAAGUUAGUCAGAAUGACAUAAUCUGGUUCACUCCAUUACAGGAAAAUUUUUAGAGCAAUUGAAGAGGGAGCUUACAUUAGUAGAAGAUGAAAACAGAAAAACUGAAGAUAAAAUAGCGGGUGUUAUGAGAGCCGUUAAUGAAGGUUAGUAGUUUUUUUUGUUUCAUUAUCGGUUUAGUUUGUAUGAUAUAUCGUGAUCAUUUUCUUAUCUGCAGAUUCUGCUAAACUCUAUGGUGAUCUUGUUGCUUUGGAUUUGUUAUUUAAAUCAAAAAAAUCGGAGGUACGUAUUUAUAUUAUUAUAACACACAUUUUUCAUAAUCUUGGAAUCCAAUUGCAAAGUUUUAUGUUGUACAACGGGUUGUAAGGGGUUCUUUGCUUCUGAACUUUAUCCUUGAUAUCAUGAAGUUGAACUUCUUGCAUAUAAUUUAAUGAUUUAUGGUGUGUAUCUUGCAAUCUUAGUUGUCUCGUAAAUCUUGGGACAGUGGAAGCAAAUUAUGUGCUUCAUCUCAUCUACCCUAUACGAAUAUGGGAUUUAUGCUUUGGACGGUCUCUCAUUCGAUGCUCCUGUGAGGGUUUCAAUAUACAUAAUUAUUACCAGUGAAAUUCUGGUUAGUACUCAGUAUUGCCCCUUUGUGCAUUUCAGUAGCUCAGAUUGCAUCUUUGUUCUACUCUACACAAUUUUAGUGUUUAUUAUACAUUUGACUGUUUUCCCAACGUUUAUUGGAAGGAAAACGGCAUUAAGAAGUAGAAUUAAGCCUAGUAUAACUAGUGUUUUUUCUUUCAGAUCCAGGCUUGAACAUCAUUUCAUGGUGGUUUGAAUGAGAGUCAUUUUGAUGCUUGAAUUUUUCUUACCCAAGUUUAUUCCACAAAGUGUGGCUUGUUCAUCAAUGCAGUUAUUGGAACUGGAUUGACUUGCUAUCUUGGAAAGCAAGCUGACUUUUGGGAGUUGGACUGGAAAAUCGACUUUUUUGUCACAAGGUUUUGGGCAGGAAAACAUUUGAUUUUUAAAGUGCUCGUAAAUUCUCGAUUCAUCCUAAGGUUUUGUUGAUAGAUCGGAAAUCAAUAUACAAUUUCGCUGUUAUGUAUCUAAAGAAAAACUUUGUUCAUUUGUCGUUUGCUAUCUAUUUGUCUGUAAAUUUUUCCCAUUGUAAGUAAAUUAGGCUUUAUUUUGUAUUUUAUUUUGCUUUCCUCCACUCGUUGUGUUGUCACCACUUUACCCACGCAAUUUUGUAUGUGAAGAUAACAGAGCUGCUGUAUGCUAGAAUCCACUUUCAGGCACUUUCAUGUCGUCUAUGUAUGGCGUUUUUUUAUUCUCUAACUCGUAUAUUCUUGUUGCAAACAUCUGAACGUGAUGAUUUUUUUGUAAUUUAUAGCUUGAGUAUUUUUCUUAAAGACAUCAGUGCAUAAUGCUCUUGAUCUCUUGUUUAGGAUGUUGACAAAUCUCAAGGUCCCACGCUUAGUUGCAGAUCACUGGGUGUUGACCAUCAAGAAAGCACAACCUAUGCAUGUGAAGAGGAAAAGUUUAAGGUAAACAUUGGUUGCUCACUAUCUUGCAAAUUUUUAAGUCAGAAUAUUUUGUGUUAACUUCUGUUACCUCUCUUAUAUUGCCAAGGGUAUUCAUUCCAAGAAUAUGGUAAUUACUUAUAUGCUAUGAGGGGAUUUGGGUCUUCCCUAAGACCUUUGUGCUGAAGUUGAUGACUUCAGUAUCUGAAGUAUCUCCGCAUCUUCAGAAACUCGGCAUGGAGAAUUUGGAUUUCAAGUGUGUAGCUUGACCCCGUUUAAAAGGCUACUCUUCAUUUAAUUGUGGAUAUUUUUCUUAAGAAUUAUAUGUGAGUAAAUCAACAUCAAUCAUGAAAGUCAGAAACAUACUUGAUCAAAUGAUCCUAGUAAUGAUCAAUAUUGCCCUUGAUUUUCUUGUAAGUUGAUAGGAUCGUGCAAGUUGUACUCCAUAAGUUUGUGAAACCCUAUUUUAUUGAAAGAACUUGGACCUAUUUUGUGGAUGAGUUUUUGGCAGAGAAAAAAAGGUUUUAUGGUAAGAAGGACCUAAAAAUAAAGCCUAUAUGACAAAAGUUGGCCUUUCAAUUCUAUGGGGACAUGUCAUCGGAACUUGUACAAGUUGGAGGCAAAGGUAGAAAAGUAUCUGUUUUUCAUAGUCAUUUGGAGUUGACUCUCUUGCAGUGGAUAGGCCACUCCCCCACCCAGAGUGUAAGCUCCAUCAUAUGAGAAUCUAAUUGGAUUCCACGGUUUCAAAGUUCAAGACCUCGAAGCUUAUCCUGUUAAAGACUUAUACAUGCUCAAGUGAUCUUCUCAAGGUUCCUAUUACAUUUUCAAUGCCCUCCAUCAUUCUCAGAGAUGUUGCAUGUUUCUCCUAAGCUGUUUUGUGUUUAUUUAAACAAGAUUGCUAUCAAUCAAGAUUAGGGUCGCUAUAAAGAUUGGUUAGUCUCUUUGGGAAGAAAACUUGUAUUAGGUUAAUUGUUGCCAUAGACUAAGCCACCGCUUUGCCUCUGUGAAAUCUUACACGAAACAUUUUAUAUUCUGAAACGGGUUUUACUUUGACUUUUUCCUCUUCGACUUGUUUCUUCAGUCACGACAUGUCAGCUGUUCCGUUAUUAUGAUAUUUUUACGAUUUUUGUUCCGUUUUUUUGCUUUUUACUUAUCAUUUAAAUAUUCUAUCGUUUACUUUUGAUUGUAAAUACAUCUUUCAGGUUUUUCAGCUCGACCACCAGAUUGAGAAGACUAAUCAUUACUUAACUCAGUUGCAGAUGCUUGAUUCUGUUUUCAAGAGGUAGUUGCUUUUUAAAUAUAUUGGUAAUGUCUUCGUAUGUUCCCAAUGGUAUCCUCAUAUAUGCUUAUUAUACGUGAAAUAAAUGCUUUGUUGGCUUUCCCUGGUCUAAAAUAUCAAGUAGCACUCCUGCAUGCAAUUGAAGGCAAAAAAUUCUCUAAUCACUGGAAUCAGGCAAAAAAAAUCUCUUUUGCACCACCUGAAAUUCACGUUUCCCAAAUCUGUUUUUAAUCCUUCCUAAAUAGCAUUGGGUUAUGUGUUAAUCGAUACACAGAAGAGUUGAAUGAAGGAAAUUAUCUAUUUCUUCCUAUGGAGGUAAAUGUAGGAACCUACUACCUUCUGCGGAUCCUUCUCCCCCUUCUCCCUUCUUUUUUUUUCUCCCUUAGUUUGAUGUUUGCUUUCUUGGUUUCCCUUGUUUUUGCUUCCUCUUUUCUUGUCUGUUUGCUCAAUUUCUUUUGUCCCUCUUUCCUCUUUCUUCUCUCUUCUAUAGUGAUUGAUAGGCCUAAUGACACCAAUGUUAGCCAGAACUAUUGGCAAUGCACCUGGAAUGAACUACACUCGCAUAGAAGCUGAUUUACUCAAAUUAGCUGAUGGGGGUUUGAUUGGCUUUUUGAGGAUAAAAUUUCGUUUCAUUUUGAAUGAAUAGUCCUUGGUAUGAAAAAAAAGUGGCCUAGAAUAGGAUGUUUGGCUUUACAAGCUGAGAGCAUUUGUUUUUCUUUGAUUUAAUCGGGGAAUGUUGUAGUCAAUUGGCUCGUUCUAUUCAUAGCAACGUCUAAUAUUUUAAUAUUUAUUUGCACCAAAAAUUUCUGCAUAAUCCUCAGCACUUCCUUUUGUUUCUCUUUGACUACUGUAGUAAUUUCUUCUACCUAUGUUACUACAUGAUGGUAGGAAUGUCUCGUUUUUUGUUUGAUGGGGGAGUUUAAGCUCUUCGCAAUCCUAUGUGUUACAAAAAUAUAUUUUUUUGACAAUUUUUAAGGCAGUGGUAAUCUAUUCCAUCAUCUUAGAUGGUUUAACGUGCUAAUAUUUAUUUUCCCAUUUGAGACUUCCAAUUUUUACUUUUGUUGAUCACCGACUCUCUGUGGUUAAUAAAUUAGAAGUGAUGCAAUUAUAUGCCAUGUCUGGUUCACUUUAUGUCAGCUGAUUUUACUUUGCAGGAAUGAAGCACUUGGGCAAAUUCUGGACAUGUUGUCUGAAGAUGUAAAGCCGAUUGAAUUCGAAGGGAAUUGUAUUAGGCUGUCCAUAAGGACACCCAUUUUUAGUUCGGAUGUUUCUCUACUAGGACAAAAAUUGGACUGCGUCAUAGAGCCAUUGGUUGUGUACCAUGAAUUAGUAAUAGAAGUCGAAGAUGAGACAGUGGAGCUAAAGAAAAUUGAGGUAUUUUCUCCUGUUGCAUGUUAAAUGAACUUUGUAGUUUAUUACUUAAAAAUUCUUAAGAAAACAAAUGAACAACUAUUAGUUGUACCUUAGUUUUGCCAUACACUUCAUAAUAGAACUUUAGUUAAACUGUGUUAGAGCUGAUCAACCUUCCUUACUCUUUCAAGGACCAUGUGAAGCGAUCUGGCAUACCAUCUAUCUAGACUCUUAUAAGUUCCUGGGCAAUCUGGUUAACAAGGAUAAAGGAAAAUAUGGUUUACGAAUGAAACAUAAAUAAGCGCAAAGAAGUAUAGUAAAUAGGUAAAAUAUAUGAAAGUUCUAAAUUUGAAACUUUAAUUAGGAAGAAGCUUUUACCUUUAGACAUAUUUGGGGAUAACCUUCAGAAGUUGCUUUCUUAUUGGCAUGAUGACCUAUUUAUCCUGUGUUGACUAUAAAACAUUUCAAAAGUACCGGUUAUUUAUAUUUUUUUUAAAUUUUCUUUUUCCUUCUCAUAUCUCCCUUGUCCUUCGCCUUCUCUCAUCUCUUACCCUGCUGCUGUUCUUUCUGCCCUUCACCUGCUACACCUUUCUUACCCUUUUUUUGGUUUGUUUCUUCCUCAUCUUUUUUCCCUUGAUUUUUUUGGCAAUAUUAGUUGUCAAUGAUGGACAUAGCGGCCAGUCAGUUUGGGGGUUGAUAGAUGUUGAUUUUCUCUCUUGAUUUCUUCCUUGUAAAUGUCAACUGUCCUAAUCGUCCGAUUCCACAGACCAUGCCUUACACUUAUGCUCUAAACAUACAAACGAAGGCAUGUCUUGAGUACAUAGAAUUUGCAUGCUCAUGCACUUUUUAGACGAUCGUAAAGCUUAACUUGGGUAAUAUAUGUCUAGAAGAUAUCAGUAAAAUCCGUCAAGGCAUGAUACUGUUGUCGUCCAAUAUAUAGAAAAAUGAGGAUGCACCCUGGAUGAUCAAACUAGCAUACAAUGGGAAACAAAAAACAUGACAAUAAGCAAAUGUGACAACAAUGUUGAUUGAGAGUGUAUGGAAUUCCAUCUGUACUUAGUGAAGUUAUGUAGUCUAGGAUGUACCAAUUGAGAGAAAGCUUGAAUUAAUGUUGUUGUGAUGGAAAAGUUACUGGGACCUCUGUCGACUGGGAAAUUGUAAAUGUGAGAGUGAUUGAUACUCAGUAACACAGAUGAAAAUGCUGGAUGAGUAUAAAAGCUGCCAAAGUAUCACGAUGAAUAUUUUGCAUGAAAAUGAGUGCAAAAUGCUGACGUGUACAAAAAGUAUAAAAAAAGUUUUCUGUAUGAAUGACCCGCAUGCUACAGCUUGAAUGGCGAGGGUUGUGAAUCAGUGGAAAGUACUGCAUCAAAAGGUCCUAUGGCUGGCGUUCAUGGGGUAUUUAUGAGGAAAAAAUGUGAAAGUUCGUAUGAGAUGGUGGCUUGCUAGAUAUGCCAACGAAGUAAUCCUAGUCACGAUACUAGGUAGCUACUGUAUGUAAGCUUUAAAGAGAAAAACAGUCAGGCAAACAAGUGAUCUCAAAGAUUUUGCUGUGUUCAUUGUCAUUAUGAUAUAAGCACGUGGUUUGAGCAUUCAAUGUAUCUAUUUCCGGCAUCAGAGUACUAGGAUAUCCACAAGAGUUAGCAUUACUUAAGUGCAUUCCUCUGUAGUGUAGGAUCUUGAGAGUUUACAUCUCUACUUCUAUGAUUACUAUGCCUAUCCAUGGAAGCACAGCAAAGCAAUAGGUUGUGAUUAAAUCGACCAAUAUAUGAGUGAUUGCUGAUAUGUCUGCGAUGGUUGCGGAUGCAUGCUUAUUCUUGUCAAUUUCUUGUGAUUGAGUGUCGUUGAGGCUAACUUCUAGAUAAGACAGUCUUUGUAAUGUCAUGUCAGAUGGAGACAACAUUUGUAAUGCCAUGUCAGAUGGAGACAAUCUUUGUAAUUCCAUGUCAGAUGGAGACAAUUCUUUUGAUUAUUCUCUUCUAAAAUUCUCUUUGAUGAAAUUGAGGACGUUUGGUUUCUCAUAUGUAGAGUUUCCGUGGGAUCCCAUCCUUGAUUGAAUCGUACUGAAAUAAGGCAAUUUAAGAGCAACAAAGCUCAUUGCAUCUAGAACAAGGUUCUUGUUUAUGAAUAAAAAAAAAACUGAGAGGUAAAACGUGGGCUAGCAUGUAAGAGUGGGAGGACAGCUGAUCUCAAAACAACUAGGUAUCUUGAAAUUGUAGAAAAUAUAAAUAACAUUACACUAGUUGUUUAUAGCUCAGAAAAUUUUGCCAAUAUCUUUAGAAUCCUAUUGUCCAACAGCACGGCCUUUCCCAUGCAACUCAAACCUAUUUAGGUGCAAGGGACUGUGCAGGCAUGCCUGUGGAGAAAUAUGUCGCCUCAGUAGCUGGUAGAUUAAAUGAUUCUAUGUAUUCUGAACCUCGUUUGGUUGUGUAUAUUUAACUUUAAUGAGACUAAUGUAAAAUUGGCCUUAGAUUUUUUUAACCUGUACCAGUUUUAUUUCUUUUAUCUUACUUCUUUUCAUUCGUCUCUUCAGAUUUUCCCAAAUGAUGUAUAUUUGGAGAAUGUUAUUACUGCAGCCAAAUCGUCAAGGUACGUUUCUGUUAAAGAUUUAUUGAAAAAUUCCCUAUAUAUUGUUGUAACUCACACAAUCCGCAACGUAUGAAGAGAAUUUGAGCUGCAAGAUAAAAAUAGUACCAAAUACUUGGAAAAGGGCAGAAAUGUCUACUGAAUCUAGAUUGUGAGGGGUGCAUUUGGAAAGGGAAAUUAUAUGUGUGCGAACUAGAAAUCGUAAUUACCUUUUCAUAGCUUAUAAUUGUAUUGGUCUUUUGGGUUUGUAUUGUACUACAAAAGCAGUAUGUUUGAGUUGUUUCAUUUGGUGACAUUCUCUUUUGCAUGCCAUUGUUAAAGAUGAGGAUAUUUUGCCUGUGGUUUUUGAUAAGAGCAUUUUAGGACCAUGAGCAGAUAUUAAUACAUCCAUAAGGUCUCUAUAAGGUGUACAUAAUGCAGGCCAGUUCAUGUUUCCAAUUCUACUAAAUUGGUCAUUGGCUGAUCUAAAGGUGAAUGCUGACUUUGGUUAAAAAACAAGAGUAACAAUUUAGAAAAAAAAAUGAAAGGACUAAUGCAAAUAUAUUUCUAA